AUGAGGAAAAGUGUAAAACGAAAGUUUUGCAGGCGGGUGACUGAUACAACUCAAUUAUUGAUGAGUAAUCCGGUAAUCGGGGCAGGUGGCUGGCCAUUAGAAUCGCCAGAAUCACAGCAGCAACAAAUACCUUCAGAUAACAGUCAACAUUCCAAUAAAGGUGAGAGCAGUGCAAGUUUUUUGCGAGCAGCACGUGCUGGAAAUCUAGAUCGUGUACUUGAACUACUGCGUUCGGGCACUGAUAUCAAUACGUGUAAUGCAAAUGGACUCAAUGCGUUACAUCUGGCUUCCAAAGAAGGUCAUCAUGAAGUGGUCCGCGAACUUCUGAAGCGAAAAGCAGAUGUUGAUGCUGCUACUAAGAAGGGUAACACAGCGUUACACAUAGCGUCAUUAGCAGGACAGGAACUAAUCGUCACAAUACUUACUGAAAACGGUGCUAAUAUUAAUGUACAAUCACUGAACGGUUUCACACCACUCUAUAUGGCUGCGCAGGAGAAUCACGAAUCUGUUGUACGCUAUCUUCUUGCGCACAAUGCUAAUCAAGCUUUAGCUACAGAGGAUGGUUUUACGCCACUAGCAGUUGCUUUGCAGCAAGGUCACGAUCGUGUUGUAGCUCUUUUACUUGAGAAUGAUACACGCGGAAAAGUGCGCCUGCCGGCAUUACAUAUUGCCGCUAAAAAGGAUGAUACAAAAGCAGCUACGUUACUACUUCAAAAUGAGCACAAUUCGGAUGUGACUUCGAAAAGCGGUUUCACCCCGCUCCAUAUCGCCGCUCACUAUGGAAAUCAAAACGUUGCGCAACUGCUGCUAGAAAAAGGAGCUAAUGUGAAUUAUCAAGCGAGACAUAAUAUAAGUCCCUUACAUGUCGCAACAAAGUGGGGACGGGCGAACAUGGUUUCGUUGUUAUUAGCUCAUGGGGCCGUAAUUGACUGUCGUACGCGUGAUUUAUUAACACCGUUACACUGUGCUUCUCGUUCGGGCCAUGAUCAAGUUGUUGAUUUAUUGCUUGAGAAAGGAGCUCCAAUCAGUGCUAAGACAAAAAAUGGUUUGGCUCCUUUACAUAUGGCAGCACAAGGUGACCAUGUGGAUAGUGCUCGAAUUCUACUGUAUCAUCGAGCUCCAGUUGAUGACGUCACUGUUGAUUAUCUCACUCCUCUUCAUGUGGCUGCUCACUGCGGACAUGUUCGUGUCGCUAAGCUUCUGCUGGAUCGUAAUGCUGACUCAAAUGCUCGGGCUCUUAAUGGCUUCACACCGCUGCAUAUCGCUUGCAAAAAAAAUCGCAUUAAGAUUGUCGAGUUGUUGUUGAAAUAUCACGCUGCCAUCGAGGCAACCACAGAGUCCGGUCUGUCGCCGCUGCACGUCGCUGCAUUCAUGGGUGCUAUAAACAUCGUCAUCUAUUUACUGCAACAGGGUGCUAAUGCUGAUGUUGCUACAGUACGUGGUGAAACACCUCUUCAUUUAGCCGCACGAGCAAACCAAACUGAUAUAGUCCGUGUUUUGGUGCGUAAUGGAGCCCAGGUGGAUGCUGUAGCACGUGAGCUACAAACUCCAUUACACAUUGCAUCACGUCUUGGUAACACCGACAUUGUCGUCUUGUUGCUACAGACUGGUGCGUCACCAAAUGCUGCUACACGGGAUCUCUACACUCCGCUUCAUAUCGCUGCCAAAGAAGGACAAGAAGAUGUGGCUGCAAUAUUGAUGGAUCAUGGAGCCGACAAGGCAUUGCUUACUAAGAAAGGUUUCACACCAUUGCAUUUAGCUGCUAAAUACGGCAAUUUGGCGGUAGCGAAGUUAUUGCUGGAACGAGGAACACCAGUUGAUAUUGAAGGCAAGAACCAGGUUACACCUCUGCAUGUAGCGGCACAUUACAACAACGACAAGGUGGCGUUGCUACUUUUAGAAAAUGGUGCUUCUGCGCAUGCUGCUGCCAAGAAUGGAUAUACUCCUUUGCAUAUUGGGGCGAAGAAGAAUCAGAUGGAUAUUGCUAGCACUCUUCUUCAUUAUAGGGCAGAUGCGAAUGCUGAAAGCAAAGCUGGAUUCACACCACUCCAUCUUGCUGCCCAAGAGGGUCAUCGCGAAAUGGCUGCUUUACUAAUCGAAAAUGGAGCAAAGGUCGGAGCUCAGGCAAGGAACGGUUUGACACCAAUGCAUCUAUGUGCACAAGAGGAUCGUGUCAGUGUAGCGGAAGAGCUGGUGAAAGAAAACGCAGCCAUUGAUCCCAAAACUAAAGCAGGAUAUACGCCGUUGCAUGUUGCUUGCCAUUUCGGACAAAUAAACAUGGUGCAUUUCUUGAUUGAGCAUGGUGCACCGGUUUCAUCCACUACACAUGCUUCCUAUACUCCGUUGCAUCAAGCUGCUCAACAAGGACAUAAUAAUGUUGUGCGUUAUUUGUUGGAGCAUGGUGCUAGUCCAAAUGUCCACACAUCGACAGGACAAACUCCAUUAUCGAUCGCUGAACGUUUGGGCUAUGUGUCCGUGGUUGAGGCGCUUAAAACAAUUACCGAGACUACCGUGAUUACGGAGACCACGACUGUUACUGAGGAAAGGUAUAAACCUCAAAAUCCCGAAGCAAUGAAUGAAACCAUGUUUUCUGAUUCAGAGGAUGAAGUGCUCUCAUUGGGGGAUGACGUGAUUCUCUUGCGUUGUAUUAAUAUUACAUGCAUAGCAUUGAGUGGUAGUUCAGUAACAUUACUCAUGAAGGUUGGAUUAGCAAUUGUUAUGGUUGUGUUGCUGAAUGCUGCUGCUAUUGUUGUUGUUGCUGUUGUUGUUGUUGUUGUUGUUGUUGUUGUUGUUGUUGAGCGUUUGUUCGUCGAUUCAGCACCGAAUACGUUGGAGGAAGACGCGUCACAUCUUCGUGCUCUGGCACAUUCGCCGUUACGCUUGUCAACAUCAGAUGACCAUGACCUGAGCUUCUUUCCCAAUCACACUUCAAGCCCCUAUCCUUCACCUGGAGCUACUCUGAUUUAUUUAUCACGUGAAGAUAAUCAGAUCACAGCCAAUGCUCAUGCCCAUGAUUUCUCAGAAAGCCUCACAAAAGGUUUGCACGACUCAGCUGGAGUGCAUUUGAUUCAUGCUACAGAACCGAUGCUGUCGCGAAGCCCGGAAGUGGAAGGCACGGAUGGCGAUCUGGAUGCUUUAAUUCGCAAAGCACAACACGAACCCGUUACUACAGCUAUGGUCGACUCUUCUUUGGAUGCGUUGCUUCCUGAUAAUGUUGCAAUAACGAGAACCACCGUGCAACCUAGCUUUUUAAUUUCGUUUAUGGUGGACGCGCGUGGAGGAGCAAUGCGUGGUUGCCGGCAUUCUGGUGUCAGAAUCAUUAUACCGCCAAGAAAAGCACCACAGCCCACACGCAUUACAUGCAGAUAUCUUCGAAAAGAUAAGUUAGCACAUCCACCACCGCUAAGUGAAGGUGAAGCACUUGCCUCGCGUAUACUUGAGAUGGCACCACAUGGAGCAAAAUUCCUGGGUCCUGUUAUAUUGGAAGUGCCACAUUUUGCAUCACUUCGUGGGCGAGAGCGAGAGAUUGUCAUUUUGCGUUCCGAUGAUGGACAGCACUGGAAAGAGCAUCAGCUGGAGGCAACAGAAGACGCUGUUCAAGAGGUACUGAAUGAAUCAUUUGAUGCAGAAGAGUUGUCUCAGCUUGAUGAUUUACAUACCUCACGGAUUACACGCAUUCUCACCAAUGAUUUUCCAAUGUAUUUUGCGGUCGUUACUCGUGUGCGGCAAGAAGUGCACUGUGUUGGUCCAGAGGGGGGUGUAAUACUCUCUUCAGUUGUUCCUCGUGUCCAGGCUAUAUUUCCGGAUGGUUCCUUGACCAAGACGAUCAAAGUAUCUGUGCAAGCUCAGCCGGUUCUACAAGAGAUAGUCACUCGUUUACACGGAAACAGAGUUGCAGUAUCCCCAAUUGUAACUGUUGAACCGCGUCGUCGCAAAUUUCAUAAGCCCAUAACGCUGUGCAUACCUUUGCCACAAAGUUCAAAUAAAGGAAUGUUAACACAAUAUAGCGGCCAACCGGGACAGGAACCACCAACACUUCGUUUACUUUGCAGUAUAACUGGAGGAUCUGCUCCUGCUCAGUGGGAGGAUAUUACUGGAACUACACAGUUAACAUUUACUGGCGAAGAUGUUUCAUUCACAACUACGGUUUCUGCUCGGUUUUGGUUGAUGGAUUGUCAAACUCCGCGAGAUGCGGCGCGAAUGGCACAAGAAGUUUACAACGAAGCAAUUGCGGUUCCUUAUAUGGCUAAAUUUCUUGUUUUUGCUCGACGAACUUUUCCUACUGAAGGGCAGUUAAGAUUGUUUUGCAUAACUGAUGAUCGGGAAGAAAAAACCCUGGAAAAACAAGAGCAUUUCACUGAAAUUGCUAGAUCGAAAGAUGUCGAAGUUUUGAGCGGACGACAUCAGUUUUUGGAAUUCUCUGGAAAUAUUCUUCCAAUAACCAAAAGUGGCGAUCAGCUUUCACUUUAUUUUUUGCCAUUCCAAGAAAAUCGUCUCGCUUUCAUGAUAAAGACACGUGCUCACUCCGAUAGUGAAGCUGCUGCUGAUGGCCGGAUAGCAUUUAUGAAAGAGCCAAAAAUGAGAGCCGAAAAUUUGCCUCCUCAGACGCCGUUAUGCACUCUUGCAAUCACUCUUCCGGAGUACACCGUGCAGGAGCUGAUGGUUCCCAGAAAAUCCUCUUCGGAAGUUCCUUUGACCGAGAAAUACACUGGAGCUUUCCAUGAAACUGCUGAGCCUAAUGACUUGCCACUGCCACAUGUUGCACGAUUAAUUGGCGCUGAUUGGCAUCGAUUGGCUCGAGCGCUUGAAGUACCUGAUAUUGAUAUACGACAAGUUCGACAUCAGCUUGUUGGUCUUGAAGCAAUCACUAUUCUGCGUAUCUGGAUAUUUUUGAAAAAAGAACAAGCAACCCCUGCUACCUUGCGGUCAGCUUUACAGCGGAUAGGGCGUGAUGAUGUUGUACGAGAAAUGAAUCGAACUGAAAAGCCAUAUGAUUUAGAAGGCACACCCGUAUCACAUGUUUCUGGACCCUCAGUAACUAUAUCAACCACUUCGCUUGAGGUCGCUGACGACAGACAUCGUUACCCCGAAGUAACAAUGACACAACAACGAAUGAUGCAAGAACCAUUUUUUCAACAAACGGAAUAUUAUGGGACAGAUAGAGAUACGGAAGAACCAGAAGAGCGACCAUACCGCGACGAGGAAGAAGAGGUUGCAGUUUCAGAAAUUCGAACAGUUGUGCGCACUGAACGACAUGUGCAUGACUCAGAAGAUGGUGAGCGAAGUUUUGAUACUGGCCCCAUUGUGGAAGAACGCACAAUAACAACUACAUAUGAGGAUGAUAUUGCUGUAAAUGAAGAAAUUGUUGAUAGGAUAGUUCCUCUCAACGAAGAAGAGCAGGAGAAGUGGGAUCGAAUGGUUCAAGAAGUGGAGAUGAAUUUGGAGCAACAAGAAGCUCCGAAAGAAGAAACGUUUGGCUAUCAGGUAAUACAUGAAGAGGAAAAAGAUGAUGAUGUCACCCUGAAAACGACAACAAUGGAGAGUAGCCAUGUAACACAAGUUUUGCUAGAUGAAGCUAAAACAUCCGCUAAUGAAACAGAGUUAAAUAGCAGAGAUGCAAGUGUUGUUAUGACCACAGUGGAAAAAGAUGAUCACAUUAUAGCACCUAAUGGGCUUCACCUUUUGAAUAAUAACAAAAUGCAGAAAAUUGUCUACUUUUCCGAAAAAAUGGCUUCCCUAGCAAAAUAUACUGACUAUUGGUUCGCCGUAAUGUAUAAAAAUCGUGAUAGUAAUAGUAGUAAGAAGGAGAGAGGUGAGAGUUCUGAAAGUCAAAGUGAGUCAGCUGUUUUGCAUAUCAUUUCUGUAUCAUUUGAGAUAAUCACUUGCGAGAUUGUGAUCAAUGAGGCAUUGGAAGAGAGAGUUGUUUUGAAUUCGUUCGGAAACAGGGAUGGAGAACAUAGUGUGCAGCAGAAUACAAGCAUCAGUGCAGCAGCAGUAGCAGUAGCACAUGAUGCCGUUGAUUUUUCAGACUUGAUGGAGGAAAGGCGAACUGGUGAAGAGGCCAAAGGGCAGAGCGUUCAUGAAUAA